CUUAACCCGUCUUUGAAUGACCAAAGGAAAGGGAUAGCAUUAAAAGCUGUCAAAGAAUCAACGAUGGAUGAUUCAAGCAACGAUGAUGAAGUCAAGCUUGUCAUGAAGAAGUUUUGUAAACUUCUAAGGAAGAAAGAAAAGGUUGAGGAUGGCCCUGUGUGGUAUGGAUGUGGUGAAGCCGGGCACAUCAAGAACAAAUGCCCAAGAAGCGGAAGGAAUGCUCGUCACUUCAAAAAGCAAAGAGCAUACAUCUCUUGGGGUGGCGACUCUGGAGAUGAGUCAAGCGAGCAAGAGGAAGACGAAGAAGCAAACCUUUGUCUCAUAGCUCAUGAAGAAGAGGAGUCCGACAACGGCGAAAACCAAGAG